CCAUCUCGAUCUCGUCCUCCCCACACAAGCACUCGCAUCAGCCAAGAAGCUCCCCAGAGCUCGCUGAUUAACCGCACCCCCGUAGCCAUGGUGCACGCCGACGAAACCACCCACAUCCUCCUCGUCCCGUACCCGGCCCAGGGCCACCUCAACCCGAUCCUGCAGUUCGGCAAGCGUCUCGCCGGCCACGGCGGGGUCCGGUGCACCGUCGCGGCGACCCGGUUCGUCGUCGGCUCCACCAAGCCGUCCCCGGGCUCGGUGCACGUCGCCGUCUUCUCCGACGGCUGUGACGUCGGCGGGCCCGCUGAGCUCGGCGGGCACAAGGGCCCCUACUUCCAGCGGCUGGAGGCGGCCGGGUCCGAGGCGCUGGACGAGCUCCUCCGGUCAGAGGCGGCGCGGGGCCGGCCCGUGCGCGUGGUGGUGUACGACACGUUCAUGCCAUGGGUGGUGCCCCUGGCACGGCGGCACGGGGCGGCGUGCGCGGCGGUGCUCACCCAGACGUGCGCCGUGGACAUCGUGUACACGCACGCGCGGGCCGGACGCAUGCCGGUGCCGGUGCGCGAGGGGGGCUCCAGCCUCGAGCUCCCCGGACUGUCGUCCCGGCUCGGCGCCGCCGACGUGCCGACGUUCCUGACCGACACCGACGCGCACCACCCGUCCCUCCGCGACAUGCUCAUGAACCAGUUCGUCGGGCUCGACGCCGUGGAACACGUGUUCGUCAACUCCUUCUUCGACCUGGAGCCUCAGGAAGCGGGGUACCUGGCGUCGACGGUGGGGGCCAGGACGAUCGGGCCGACGGUGCCGUCGGCGUACCUGGACAACCGCCUGCCCGACGACGCGUCCUACGGCUUCCACCUGCACACCCCGAUGACGGCCGUGACCAAGUCUUGGCUCGACGCGCGCCCGCCGGGCUCCGUCGUGUACGCCUCCUUCGGCAGCAUCGUGGCGCCGGGGCCGGACCAGAUGGCCGAGGUCGCCGAGGGCCUCCGCGACAGCGGCAGCCCAUUCCUGUGGGUGGUCAGGGCAACGGAGACCGCCAAGCUGCCCGAGGGCUUCUCGGCGAGGGCGGCGGCGCGCGGGGACCUGAUCGUGCCGUGGUGCCCGCAGCUGGAGGUGCUGGCGCACGGCGCCGUGGGGUGCUUCGUGACGCACUGCGGCUGGAACUCCACCGUGGAGGCGCUGAGCGCCGGCGUGCCGAUGGUGGCCGUGCCGCAGUGGUCGGACCAGCCGACCAACGCCAAGUACAUCGAGGACGUGUGGCGCGUCGGCGUGCGCGCGCGGCCGGACGCCGGCGGGGUGGUGAGGAGGGGGGAGGUGGAGAGGUGCGUGAAGGACGUGAUGUGCGGCAAGGGGUACAGGAGGAGGGCGUCGGAGUGGAGGGAGAAGGCCAAGGCCGCCGUGAGCGAGGGCGGCAGCUCCGACCGCAACAUCGCCGAUUUCCUCUCCAAAUAUCGCGUGGCAAAAUGAUCUCGAGCACUUUUUCAGAAUCAGA